AUGUUUGGUAAGUUGAAGGGCCUCCUCAGUGGGCCACAGGUGUCAGCGGCUCCUGGGACCACCAGCGUGGCUCCAGCUCCAGCUCCAGCUCCAGCUCCAGCUCCAGCCCCGGCUCCAGCUCCAGCCAAGGAGGAGAAGGCGGCCGAUAAGGAGAAUGAGGCCAAGAAAGUGGACAAACCGCAGGGAUCAACUCCAGCCCCGGCCCAGGCUCCAGCUCCAGCUGCGGCCCCAGGCCCUGCUCCAGCCCCGGCUCCAGCUCCAGCCCCAGCCCCACCUCCAGGCCCUACUGCAGCUCCAACUAACCCUGAUCAAGCUGGACCUGAGGGACAGGAGGCAGCCCCUCCUCCACCUCCACCCAUCGUCAUCAACAGAUACUCAGAUGAUCAGCUCAGAGCCAUCGUCAAACGGAUGAGAGAGAGACUGGAGAUCUACAAGGAGAAAGUGGUGGAUCAGUACGCCUCCUCCCCUGAGAUCAGUCCUCCUGUCACUCCUCUGCUCCGCAAAGACAACUACACAAAAGUGAUAGAGGAGAGGAAGAGGCAGGCAGAGGAGGAGCGGAUAAAGAAGGAGGAGGCUGAGAAGAAGAAGAAAGAGGAGCAGGAGAAGAAGAAGAAGGAGGAUGAGCAGAAAAAGAAGGAGGAGGAGGAGAAAAAGAAAAUAGAGGGUAAAGAUGAGAAGAAGGAGGUGAAGGUGGCCUUGAAGACCAGGUUAACCAGCGCUGUCUGGCGCUCUGUGGACAUGGUGCUGAAGCCCAUUGAGGACAGCAUGGACUCAGUCGUGGGGCAGACCAUUGACCCUUUCACAGAUCGCCGCUACAUCGCCUGGCUCAGCCUCGUCACUCUGGCCUUCAACUACAACACCUGGUUCACCACAGCCCGUCUGUGUUUCCCCUACCACACUGAGAGCGCCAUCCCUUACUGGUUCGCUCUGGACCUGCUGGCUGACCUCAUCUACUUCACAGACUCCAUCAUCUUCCAGCCCCGCAAACAGUUUGUCAAAGGAGGAGACAUCAUAAAAGACCGAGUGCUGACAAAGAAGAACUACAGAGACUCAGAAAGAUUCAAGGCGGACAUGAUGUCCCUCAUUCCGUUUGACCUGCUCUACCUCCAGUUUGGAUUCAAAUCCAUUUUCAGAGCUAAUCGUCUGAUGAGGGCGGACACGUUCUUUGAGUUCAGUGAUCGUCUGGAGAGCAUCAUGGCCAAGGCGUACAUCUGGAGAGUGAUUCGCACCAUCGGGUAUCUCCUCUUCAUGCUCCACCUCAACGCUUGCUUCUACUACGUAGCUUCAGACUAUCAGGGCAUCGGCAAAACUAAAUGGGUCUACUCGGGCCUGGGCAGUGCUUACCUCAGCUGCUUCUUCUAUGCGGAGAAGUCCCUGCUGAUGAUCGGUGAGCUGCCGAUUCCAGACUCCAUGUUCGGACAGAUCUUUCAGAUGACUAACUACCUGUUUGGGGCUUUCUUUAUGUCCAUCAUUCUCGGACAGAUGAGAGAUGUCAUUGGUGCAGCCACAGCAGGACAGACCUAUUUCCGAUCCUCCAUGGACAGCACUGUGGCCUACAUGGUGACCAACCGCAUCCCCUCUCUGGUGCAGAACAGAGUCCGCACCUGGUACACCUACACCUGGGAUGCUCAGGGCAUGCUGGAUGAGUCAGAGCUACUGGACAAGAUGCCUCUGGUGAUGAAGACGGCCAUCGCUGUGGACAUCAACCUGGCCACCUUUCAGAAGAUCGAUCUUUUCAAGGGUUGUGACCAGCAGAUGUUGGUGGACAUGUUGCUGAGGCUCAAGUCAAUCAUCUACCUACCUGGAGACUUUGUCGUGAAGAAAGGUGACAUCGGUAAAGAGAUGUACAUCAUUAAAAGUGGAGCGGUGCAGGUGGUGGGAGGACCUGACAACAGCAUUGUGUUUGUCACACUGAAGGCUGGAUGUGUGUUUGGAGAAAUCAGUUUGUUGCAGUCGUCCAAAGAUGGAGGAAACAGACGCACCGCUAACGUCAAAGCCUAUGGCUUUGCUAACCUCUUUGUCCUGGAGAAGAAGGACCUGUUUGACAUCCUGGUCCACUACCCAGAGUCUCAGAAGGUGCUGGCCAGGAAGGGACGGAAGCUGAUGAAGGCCAAGGGUCCAGCAGCAGCUAAAGCAGAGGAGGACAAGAAGAAGGGUCUGGCUCUGUUUGGACCCAGACCUGGGACGCCCAAACUGCUGCGUGCUGUUGGAGGAACCAUCAAUAAAGGCAUCAUCGACAGGCUGAAGAGUGCUGCUGCUGGCCAGUGAAAACACAGUUUUCUUAAUGACUCCUUUUUGGGAGUGAAUGUACAGAUUGAUUUAUUCGUAUUUUACUGCACUUUUCUACUGCAUGUUUUUUCUUCUAUUGUGUAAGACAAAUGUUCUCGUCACUCCCCAGGGUCAAACACUAUUUCAUCCUGUAUUUUUAAAACCUUGUCAAUUUGCUUGGAGCUUCAUAGACAGAGUUGACUGUAUCUAGACAGUCUGAUAAAUUAUUACAAAACAAUUCACUAAAAUAACUUGCGCAUUGAGGUGUGCAGUAUUUGAAUCCAGAGAUCACUGCAGCUUGUAUAUUUAUACUCCUACACUGAAUAUAAUCUCCUGUUUUUUUUGGUCUGCUUUUACUUUAUGUUCAGUAGUUUAUAAAAGCCUGACAAGACUCUAAAAGCUGGUGUCAGUGAUGCUUAAUUUAAUCUGUCUCUGUUUAAAUAAUUCAGUGAUUUCACAACAGUUUAGUCAAAGUUUGAUCCUGCGAAUGAUCCCUUCUUUCCUUUGCCCGUUGUGUUGUCAUCUGUCCAGUUCAGGGAGAGAGAUCUAAUCCGGUUAGGGACACAGUGAGUCCUGAUUAACUAAGUGGUCUCUGUAGUUGUGAACUCUGCAGCCAGGACGAGCUGAAAUAACCUCAGCUCAGUCUAAUUUUACACCAGUGGCUUUGAUCCCAUUACCACCCUCAUUACCACACUCACUGUUUGAUUCUACAAACAGAUAUAUUGAUGAAUAAAUGCUGUCUGAA